AUGAACACCACACUACCACCCACUCACGGUGGCAUGCGACAGUCGGAUAAGGAUGGUGGCAAACGGGACAACCACUGGAGCGGUGACGGCGACGGGAGAAAGGCAAUAGCGGCCACAGUCAUAAUGUUCCGACCGCCCACUGAUACGGCGUCCACGUAUCGAUCUUCGUCAUUGCCGGCAAUUGCAGCAACGAUGCUUGCUUCGGUGGUUCACGACGGUGACAAGGGGGUGGCGGCGGCUGGAGUCGCUCACCUUCUCUCUCCAGUGGAGUGUAGAAUGCAGAGUGCAGACUCCUCCCUCUCGUCGUCACUUCUCUCAACUGCGGCCAACAUCGACUGUAAAACCCUAGCCCCCUCCUCCUGCACAAUGAUCUGUUCAAUCUCCGGCGAGGUUCCGGAAGUGCCUGUUGUUUCUAAGUCGUCUGGAUUACUUUUCGAGAAGCUGUUGAUCGAGAGACACAUAAUGGAAUGGUAUGCUUUGGUGCUAUCUGCAUUUGCAUCAGAGCAACAACUGCAUACAACAAGCAGGAGCUCCUCCCUAUGUUGA